AUUCAUGAAAGACAACCGACAUAAGACGAUUCAGAUCUGAUUUACUCGAGAAUGGAAUCAACGAGGAUACGCGAUGAUUGUUAUAUUGAAAUGAAAUGCUCCCAAGGCUGUGUUGAAUGUCACCUUUAUCAUUAUAUUGACUUUAUUUCUGCGAAAAUGAGAACUUUUCCUGACGGAUCCGUUCCUGAUGUUGACGAUUUUCUGAAUCCAUGGAAGCCAAUGCAUGGAAAUGUACACACACCUGCUACGCAUGGAACAGCUACGCCGCUUUGGCAGACAUGGCAGAGAUGACUGACCGCCCAGCGAUGUGUUAGUACGCCCAACAUGGACGCGAUGUAGACAUUUUACAGAUAUUCGUGUCAUCUUUCUGUAGUCGACAAACUCUUUUAAACUUUAGUUUAUUUCUACAUUUCAAUUUUGCCAAGAUGCAUGGCAAAAAUAAUUUCAUUCCCGAAAAUGAUCGUCCCAUAUGUUCAUUACUCGGUGUAGGAGGAAGCUCCAAUAGUAAUAGUGCAACUGCAACGAGUGGAUAUUCCACUGGUAUGACAAGACUUUUCAAGAAGGUAGAGAGUGACGAGUUGGAAUCAUCUAAUUUUGUUUCUCAAGGGAAACCAGGACUUCUACGAUUAGAUAGUACAGGAGAAACGAUUGAUUCGGGUGAACAUUGGUACAAGAUGCCGCCUCAAAAUCAGAAUCGUUCUCAGUCUGGUGUGCAGUACAUCACGCAAAAUAUGCAACAGCAGCAACACCCCAACCGGCUUGACCGCAGUCCCACACCUACGAGAUGUGGAAAUAAUCGAUUUCACGCAGGACACAGUUCGUCGAAUAAUAGGAGUAGAGCACUUAGAAAUAGAGGCUUUUUUCCUGGGAAUAGUCUCAUGACGAACUACGUUUCAGGUUACGGCAACUGUUCUCCCCAUUACUCGCCAGUUCGUAGCUCACAUCAUUCUCAAACAGGUUACCCAUUUCAUCAAUUCAACCCAAUGACUUAUCCACCCAACGCUGCCCUGAUGCCCUUGGGCACGUCACGUUUCCGAGCACCAGUGUGUGGAUACCCAUCAGACUUGCCAUAUUUUUCUUACCACCCACCACAGCACUGGGUACAACAGUGUCCUGUGAACCCUUCACUAUUUUACCAAGCCUAUCCAUUUAUGCCAGGGAGAGAUGCAAGUCAUUUCCAGGGCAGGCCUCACAACCCUAAAGAAGAUGCAUGGUCUAGGCCUAGAGCUAGGUCUCGGCGUAAGGAAAAGGCUAAGAAAAGGUGCAGGAGCUCUGAUGUUGGUAAAUUGGCCGAGUCCCUUCAAAAGGUCAUUGUGGGGAAGGAGGAGAAAUGUCUUGGACUAAAAAGGACAACGUGCUCAUCAAAUUUGGAUCAUGAAGGCUCAUUGUGUUGUGAUAAUAGAAAUGCUGAUAUUGAUAAUGAAAUUGGCCAACAAAAUGUCAAUUUUGAGAUGGUGCCAAAACAUUGUGAGGAUUGUGUUGAAAGUCACAAUGACGAAAACUGUGUGCUGGGUGUUAGUUCAGGAAAUGAUUUUGUCAGCACUGAAAUUUCUGAUGAAAUUAGUGUGCAAUCGGAUAAACAAUGUCCAGCUAAUCUUAAUUGUGGUGUGUCAAAGGUCACUGCUGGGCAAUCUGCCAAAGCUGUAGAACAUUGUGACCCAGUCACCUUUCUGGGGAGUAAUGCCAAUUGUUCUGAGGACAAAUAUGUGCCCAGUGACGUUAAUGAUUUUGAUAGUGGUUUUUCUGACAACCAAACUAAGCCAAGUGUCCAUGUUGAAAAUUGUUCGGAUGAUGAAACUGGAGAACUCAAACUUGGUGACUCGCCAUCAAAGCAGAUAGAAUCAGAACUUGCAGAUUUUGAUAUUGUGCCUGAGAAAUUUUGCAGUAAAGAUGAAAAGAAUUCUAACCCUUCCGCCGGCAGUUGUGCCGCAUCAGACUUUGUCAUCAUUAAAAAUGAUGAGCAAGAUAGCUUUAUCUGUGCGUAUAAUAUGGCCAUUUAUGAAACAGGUGGCACCACCGACGAACUUGUGUCAAAAGACUCCCUCAAUUUGUCAGACUGUGCUCGCUCAUUUUCUGUUCAUGUUACAGAGUUGGAACAUUUUGAUAAAGAUGGCCAUCACUGCCACAAAUCUGAUGAUGCUGCUCAACCUAUUGAUUGUCGGGACGAAACCCCGUCAAUGUCCCGACCUCGAGGAGAAAACAGUGCAUCUUGUAACCUUGGUGCUAAGCAGAAAAAGAAAAGCCGUCCAUCCGCUAAAAAGCGAAAACGUAUGAAGCAAAAGAAGGGAGUUAUCAACGUCAGUAUUUGUGACAUUUCAGAGAAAUUGACAGAAGACGAAUCAGACUUGGAUGUUUGUGAGAAUGACAGUUCUGCAACAAAAAUCCCAAACUCUCCCGCCAAGGGACGUUUUCGGACUGUGUCAUUUAUUCUGGGUUCGGACUCUGAGAGCGAUGACUUUGAUGUUGAGUUUGUCAAAUCACCUCAAAAUUCGCCACCGAAAUCCUGUCCCAAGUUGCAAUUUAAUCUGCUGAGCUCUGAAUCGGAGAGUGAAGAUGAAUCGGGAUCAGACUCUGACUUUGAAUCUGAUGAAAAUUGUACCGAUUGGGCCCAAGAUGUUCUUCUGGAUUCGUUCUGCAUCAGAGAUCCUUACAGUCCAUUCAGUUUCCAGCUGCAGUGUACGAGUAUCCCAGUGAAGAAGUCGGCCUCUUCCCCCGAGAUGUCACCACCGAAUGCAUUUGCCUUUGAUGUCACUAUCAAGAGGGCACUGGACCCCAGCAGGCAUAGAGUCUCCUUCGCUGUGGAAGAGCUCACCAAGAUCAUCGAGGAGGAAGAGGCACUCGCUCAGGCAUUUCAAGAAGCUCGCAAAGGACCAUGGGAAGAGUUGGCGCGGGAUCGCCAUCGUUUUGAGAGACGUAUCGCAGACGUGGAGUGCAACAUUGGUUACGUGUUUCAGUCUGAACACCGUAAGCGGAUCUAUGACCGGUUUUAUGUGGACAAUGCUUGCGCAUGAACUUUAAAUCGGUGUAAAGUGUUUCGCGAUUCAAAAUGUGCUAGAAUACAUUUUGAUGUGUAAUUUUAUUGAUUCUGUAUAUAUUUUAUGGUUUACCAGCAGGCUUGCAAUCAGGUCUGCGAGACCCUAUACAUGUUUGUGGGUACCGGGCAUUGUUUUAAAGUGGGUUAGAACGUCCUCAGGUGGACUUUUGAAAAGCUAUGCGAUUUGCUUUCCUUUUUAAAAUUGAGCAAUCCACUUUCACAGCGUAAACAGUUGGCUUACUCAUAUGAUUGGUCAAUCAUGAGGUUCUCUGAUUUGGGAAUCCAGUCAUGGUAAUGGGUAUGACUCACUGUGAUCGUACUACAUGUACUCAAGAUAUUUGUGAUUUAUUUGGCUAAUAAUAUUUGCAGAGGCCAACAACAAAGAAGUGUGUCGGAGCAUGACAUGUUGGCAUACUUUUUUUCCAGCAUACAGGUCAAAAUAAGAAAAACGAAAGACUGAUUUAAAAGUUGGGAAAAUAAGCUGGUCUUCAGGUGAUCCUGGCCUACAAAUCUUAGUUACUGUGAAAAUAAUCGACUUUAUGUAUAUUUCCUGAUAUGAUAUUCGUGCACAACUUUGAAUGAUUUGGCAAUAUCGAAAAAUCUGUAGAAAGUUCCCAAGUUUUUGUCGUCCAAUUGAGAAUCAAUUUCUUGUUGACUUACAGUGAAUGCCUCGGCAUACACAUGUGUUACGUUUUCACUCAGUUUAUACGUAGCCUAGCAACACAAACUCUACUGCUACUAUUUACCCUGAGGCGUAGACAUGAUAUCUGAAGCCAGUUGCAUCACCUCGCAUCAAUGAAGUUUCAUCAUCUGCGUGAUACUGUUUUCAAAAAGAAACAAUAAUCGAUUAUUGUUUAUGGUAGUUUUUUUGUGCUGAUUUUGAUAGUUAUAUUGAGAUAGUCUAUUGGAAGCUGAUGUAAUAGGUGAAUUUAACAAAGCGAAUUAUUGGUACAGGGAUCCUAAUUGGCUUUCUCUUAUAUAAAACUUUUAAAAUUCGACUUCAUUUGGCUGUUUACAUUCCAGUUUUAAACACCUUGUUUUGUAACUCUGCUUAAUACUAAUACUUACAAAAUAUUCAAACAGUUUUACUAUACUUCUGGAGGUUAGAAUAUGCCCAUUUUACGACAAAUAAAACAAGGAAAAAGGAAAAAAAGUUGAUUUUAAACUAGAUACAUGAAGAAAUUCUUUAUGAUACACUGCUGUAUGUCACGGUUUUAUGCCGAAUGGCAUGGCACUCUGUUGCAAAGUUAGGCCAUCUCCAACAUUGCGUCAUGCAAAAGAUAUACAUGUACAGUACAUGUAUGCAUAAGCCAGGUGUUUGUGACAAAGUUAAAUAGCCCUGCCCAUGUAAAUGUUGUUAUUGCACUACAGUAACAGGCAAGUCAACAAUGCAGAUGCGGUUCUUGACCUACAUUAGCUAUAAACUGACGUGAUCGACACAGGUGGAUUUUCGGCUUGACAGUGGUUAGUGGAGUUUUAUAGUACUGUCUAAUGCUUGGAUUUGUCUAUCAUUUCCAUUAUAUGGAAUAUUUUUAUAAUCGGAAACUAAAAUAAACAAUUUUAAUUGCAUUGAAAA